AAUCGCAAAUUUUGCCGAUUACUUCCGAUCGGCAGCAGUGCGUGAACAGAAAAAGACAAAAAACGAUUCAGCGUGUUAUCAGUUUUCUGUGCGACAUACUUCAUAAAUAUGAAAAAGAAAAAGUCAAGAGAGGAAGUGGCCACAGAGAGCCCUAUAAAGCCAGACUGUGGUGGUUGUGGGGAAUAUGCACUAGGGCAAGUUGCUGCCACAUUGUCCAUUCUCAAAGAACAUCACCCCACCGUCCAGCCAGGGAAGCUAGAGGACAAGCGAGGGCUUCUGGCCAUGUUUGGUCCAAUGCCCAUGGGAUCAGUGAGCAGUGUAGCUUGUGCCCCGGGGGUGGAAUGUGCACCUCAUGCAGGAAGCGCAGUGAUGAGAAAAGGGCUGGAAAAGAGAAAGGCGGCUGAGGGUGAAGACAAGCAGAGCGGACUUAAAGAAAGAAAGAAGAAGCGUCAGUUGCCAGAAUCUGCAAAUGGAAUUGAUGAAUCAGGCAAGGAUGUCAAAACAUCCAUCUCAGAGAAUUUGAAAUCUACCAAAGGGGAGCGAGUCCCUCUGAAGGAAUGGCUGAGACCAAACCAAGAGGAUGCCAAGAGAACCGUGUUUGUCGGCAAUCUUCCCAUUACCUUUGACAAAAAGAAAUUGCAGAAGUUGUUCUGUAAGUUUGGUGAAAUCAAGAGCAUUCGUUUCCGCUCAGUGGCUCCUUCAGAUCCAGACCUUCCCAGAAGAGUCAUUGCUCAAACGAAACAGUACCACCCUGAUCGGAACUCCAUGAACAGUUACAUUGUAUUCCAGAGUGAAGAGGCAGCCAAGAAAGCCCUAAAAAGGAAUGGGAAGGUCGUGGGUAACAAUCACAUCCGAGUGGAUCUUGCUGCUAACAGCAGAAAGCAUGACACGAAGCAUUCAGUGUUCCUAGGCAAUCUUCCCUUUGAUGUCAGUGAUGAUGUCAUCAGAAAGCAUUUUGACGAGUGUGGGAGAGUUGAAAAUGUCCGAGUCAUACGGGAUGGGAAGACUGGACUAGGCAAAGGGUUUGGUUACCUGCUGUUUGCUGAGGACGUGUCAGUUGAAUUUGCACUCAAGCUGAAUGGGAGCCGGAUGGCAGGGCGUGACAUACGUGUCCAGAGAGCAACCAAGAAAAAACAGAGCGCUGUUAAUGCCAUGAAAAGGCUACAGAUGAAAGAGGCUAUACAAUCCAAGAGAAAUGGCGGCGUUAAAGGUCGGGCCACGCCAGCUCGGAUCAAGAAGAAACAGGGAACACCCCGGAGGUCCAAGUCAGGGCAGAUAAGGACAAAGGGCAAGGGUCCAAUGAAGAAAUCAAGAACAGGCACCAGGCACGAGAAGCUGAUGAAAGGCAGAAGGAAAAAAGCCAGAAAAUGAUGGAGACGAUAUGCAUCCAGCCAGAAUAGGUAGAACUGUCUGCUCAGUCGGUGAUGGUUCUAUGUAGUCCCUCAAAAGUCUAUUUCCAGAUUUACAUGUAAUGUCUGCAUUUUUCCAUACUCAUUCACUAUUUCGUCUUAAUGAAUGAUUCUUUUACAAGAGCUAAAGAAACAAUUUUGUGUAUUUGUGUACCAUACAGUGAAGCCAGUCCACAAAAGAAAUUGCUUUUUAUUGAAUUCAUCCAGGCUCAGUCUAAAUCUUCCCUCUAAUGGUGCAACAGAACUGUAACACUAAAAUAACGUUCAUGCAUGAAAACACCACUUGUAAAUCUAUUUUCAAGGGUAAGACAGAGGGUAAAGACAAUGCUGCAUAGGGGUUGUAGCGACAAUAAAAUGCCAACUUUGAAAGGCUUUUACUGGCUAGGGCAUGCAUUCUCUCCUGUACGGCUGUGAUGUGAAUAAACCGUGAGCAUUUUUUGUUUCAUCAUAGCAUAUAAAUUAUCCCUUUGCAUUGUUUGUUUUUCUCAUUAAGUGUAAAAAAGGGCAUUAUUCUAUUUAAAGUCUCUUAAAAAACACAAGAAAUUGGGAGCCCAAAAUCGUGAAAUGUGGAAACCCUGAGAAAUCACACCCCUACUUUUUACAUUUGCUUGAAAAUAUUAUCAAAAUUGUUUUUUUUCCGUCUUAUGUAUGUCUUCAGUUAUGAGCGCGCAGGUUACCAUAGCCACAACUGUUUUAGUACUGGUAGCCAUGUGUAUCUUCACCAAACCCUGAUUUUGAAGAGAAAAAAUGGAGUGGAAACCUGACAGCCAUUUUUUUAUCAGUCAAGGCAAGAUGCUUCUUUUAUUUACCAGAAAAAGUAUACAACACAUUCUAAAUAAUCAGAAAAUGCCCCGUCAUGAUUUUGUCUGUAAACUUUUUACAGUUCGGAAUGGAACCACAACUACACUUACUGACUAUAAAACCUACAUCAAAAUGCACACAUUUUCUUUAAUGAAAAGACAUCCUUUGUUUUAUUCUUAAACUGUGACUAUUCUCAAAUUUAACUAAUGCUAGUACCUCCACAUUCCAUUCCAAGGAAAACCCUUGAUUCAUUAUGAAAUAACCAGGAAGUAGUUAAUAUGCAUUCAACUGAAAAGAUGGUUUUAGGUGGGCCUAAUGCAGCACAGGUAGUGUUUUGGGACUAAAUGGUUGACUUUUUAAUUAAUUUGAUAUUUUUCGUGUGCUUGUGUCAAGUUACAUUUAUCUACUUGGACCCUCAACCAAUACGUGAAAUUUUCCAAAAUCAGAGUGAAAUCUCUCAUUCUACAUUAAGAAAAAGAAAUCUUUGUCUCAAUUCUGGUAUCCUUUCUUGAUCACGAAAUGUAAAUCAACCACCAACCAAGAUUGUGAGUGUCAUUCCAAUUCCUACAGGGCAUCCCAAUGAACCAAAGGAGAACUCAUAGCUUCAUCCUUACACAGGAUUCAUUGUUACAUUGAGCAAGUUCUUGACAAACUAAUAUUUGUUGGCACCGUGGUCACAAUAGUGAUGGAAACGUUCCAUUGACUUCCUACUACUCUACUUGUACAUGCAAACUUCUGUCCAGAUGAUAUUAGUAGUUUAUCACUAAACAAGGCAGUUAAAAUGUCAAAUACUGUACACACUUAUGAAUGAUACUGACACAAACAACCUUGAAAAUUUUUCUCAAAGGUGGCUUCCAACCAGUGUGUAAAAGUCACUUAAAUAAAAACCAUAUGUACACAAUUUCA